AUGGAUUUCAUAAGCAGGCUGCAUGACUCACUGCUGCUUCAAAUCCUCUCACUUCUCCCCGAAUCUGACGCAACUCGAACGUGCAUUUUGUCCAACAGAUGGAAGAACCUCUGGUCCUUGCUUCCGAUUCUUCAUUUCGUCAUGCCAUUCUGUUGGACGUUCGAAGAAGCCAACAGGUUUCAUGACCGCGUUGAUCAAACCCUAGCUCUUCGUGGUUGUAUGCCGAUCAAAAGGUUUUAUCUUUACUGUUCUAAGCACUGUGAUUAUGAUCGUGUUCGUUAUUGCAUUCGUAAUGUUGUGAAGUGUAAAGUUCAAGACCUUGAGAUUAGGUUUCCUGAUGAUAGCUUUAGGUUUAAGUUUUGCUGGGAUUUGUUUAAGACUUGUGGGUCUCUAGUUCAAUUAACUUUGCGAGGUGAGUUUGUGUUAAGUGUGCCUGAUGAUGUUGAUGUGCUGUUUCCGUGUUUGAAGAUGAUUAAUCUUGUAUCUAUCAAGUAUUCUUGCGACGAGUGUUUUAAGAAUCUGAUUUCUGGGUGUCCGGUUUUGGAAGAACUGUAUGUGGAGAGACAGAUCAUAGGUGAGGUUGAUAACAUGGAGAGUUGUAUGGUUAUUUCACCGUCCUUGAAGAAGCUAGGGUUGUCAUUUGCACUGAGUGGUGAAGGGGAUUUUAGGGUUGUGAUCGAUGCGCCUAGACUGGAAUACCUUAAUGUUGUGGAUGUAAUGUCGACAAGCUACUCGUUGUUGACGGAACCUUUGUCGCUUACUGAGGCUCACUUGAAGCUACGGAAUGGUGUAGUUCAACCUGUUGCUCCGCUCGUGACAUGCAUCUCGAAUGUCAAAGUAUUGACGUUAAUUGAUUUGGCUUUGCUGGCUUUCAACCGUAUCCAUGAUUUUAACAUGCCUGUGUUCCCUAACCUGAUUGAUUUUUAUAUUGGGCUCGAUGUUUUUCGGGGCUGGAGUAUGUUGCCGACCUUCUUUAACAAAAUGCCUAAUCUUGAGCAUAUUACCUUUUUGGAUGGGUUUCUACGUUUCCCUCAUGCACAACAUACCUUUACCAUGAGGUGGAACCCGCCGGUGGAGGUACCUCCUUGUUUGCGCUUCAAGAUGAAGAAAAUUAUAAUUGUGAAUCGGGAAACUAUAACUCCAAAAGAGCUUAAGUUAAUAAGGUAUCUGUUGAAACAUGCGAAUCAUUUGGAGAUUUUGACAAUGAAUGCUCAUAAAAUCGAUCCAAAGAGACGUGAACAGUGUUUGAAGAUGAUUAAUCUUGUAUCUGUUCUUUAUUUGGGCGAUGAAUGUUUUAAGAAUCUGAUUUCCGGGUGUCCGGUUUUGGAAGAAUUGUUUGUGGAUAGACAACUUAUAGGAUUAGGUGGUUUGACCACCAAAAGAUCACCUCUAGGUGGUCUUGGAAGAAAAGAGUGA